CCGGUCACCGGGGCCGCUCGUUACCAUCAAUUUCAGGAAAUGGAUUUCAGCACGAGAGGAGCGAUCGGGAGCCCGAACGCCCCCCACGGCGCGUGGUUGUAGGAAGAGAUCAAAAGGCGCGUGGUCGGCGCGUCUGCCGCCUCCGUUUUAUUCUCACAGCUCCUCGCCGGGUACAGUUCUCUGCAGCGCGUGCUGCUGAUCGGUCGGCAGCGUCGUCAGGAGAGCGGCCGUUCUGUUCCGUGCUGUGUUGUGGAUGAGCGCGCCUGUUUGUUGCGUGUGUAUGUGUGGUUUGCGCGUGAACCGGAUAAAUCAAAGGCCAAGCAGGCCAGCGCGAGCAAGCAAGAAAGGCAGGCAGGCAGGCGAGCAGUCAGUCAGGGCAGAGAGAGGCAGCCCGCGAGCGCUCAGCUAGCAACCGUACGCUGCGAGAGAUGGUCACGUCCACACCGGGGAUCCUCCUGCUGCCGAUGCUAAUGUGUCUCCAGCACUGCAUCAACGUCAACGGUACUAAGACAGAAUGUGAGGCCAGCCAGUUUCAGUGUGGAAACGGUCGCUGCAUCCCGUCCGUCUGGCAGUGUGAUGGAGACGAGGACUGCACCGACGGCAGUGAUGAGAACUCCUGUGUUAGGAAGACUUGUGCAGAGGUGGACUUCGUGUGUCGCAACGGCCAAUGUGUACCUAAGCGAUGGCACUGUGAUGGGGAGCCGGACUGUGAGGACGGGUCAGACGAGAGCGUGGAAAUCUGCCACAUGAGGACGUGCCGUGUGAACGAGUUCAGUUGCGGAGCGGGCUCCACUCAGUGUAUCCCCAUCUUCUGGAAAUGUGACGGAGAGAAGGACUGUGAUAAUGGAGAGGACGAGGUCAACUGUGGUAACAUCACCUGUGCUCCAAACGAGUUCACGUGUGCCAGCGGCCGCUGCAUCUCCCGGAACUUUGUGUGCAACGGCGAGGACGACUGUGGCGACGGCUCCGACGAGGUAGAGUGCGCUCCGUCCUCCUGCGGUCCCAGUGAGUUCCAGUGUGGCAGCUCGUGCAUCCCGGCAAGCUGGGUGUGCGACGACGAUGUCGACUGCCAGGACCAGUCAGAUGAGUCUCCGUCUCGUUGCGGCCGUCACCCGACGCCGCCGGCCAAAUGUUCGUCCAGUGAGAUGCAGUGCCGCUCAGGAGAGUGUAUUCACAAGAAGUGGAGGUGUGAUGGAGACCCCGACUGCAAGGAUGGCAGCGACGAAGCAAACUGUCCUGUGCGCACCUGUGGACCCGAUCAGUUCAAAUGUGAUGAUGGAAACUGUAUCCUGGGCAGCAGACAGUGUAACGGCCUCAGAGACUGUGCCGACGGAUCAGACGAAGUCAGCUGCAAAAACAUGACUCAGUGUAACGGGCCAGAGAAGUUCAAGUGUCGCAGCGGGGAGUGUAUCGAGAUGAGCAAAGUGUGCAACAAGGCCCGAGACUGUCCCGACUGGAGCGACGAACCAAUCAAGGAAUGCAAUCUAAACGAGUGUCUCCUGAACAACGGCGGCUGCUCUCACAUCUGCAAAGACAUGGUGAUUGGCUUUGAGUGUGACUGCACUCCUGGACUUCAGCUCAUAGAUCACAAGACCUGCGGAGACAUCAAUGAGUGUCUGAACCCCGGCAUCUGCAGUCAGAUCUGCAUCAACCUGAAGGGAGGGUACAAGUGCGAAUGCCACAACGGCUACCAGAUGGAUCCAACCACCGGUGUCUGCAAGGCUGUUGGUAAAGAGCCCUGCCUGAUUUUCACAAACCGCCGUGACAUCCGUCGCCUGGGGCUGGAGAGGAAGGAGUACACUCAGAUUGUGGAGCAGCAGAGAAACGCAGUGGCUCUGGAUGCAGACUUUAACCAGCAGAUGAUCUUCUGGGCUGACCUGGGCCAGAAGGCCAUUUAUAGCACUUUGCUGGACAAACGAGGGGACAUCGGCACCCAUAACAAAGUUAUAGACAAUGUCCAGACUCCAGUGGGAAUCGCCGUGGACUGGAUCUAUAAGAACUUGUAUUGGUCUGAUCUCGGCACCAAAACCAUUUCUGUAGCCAACUUCAAUGGAACCAAGCAGAAAGUUUUGUUCAACAGAGGCCUCAAAGAACCAGCAUCCAUUGCGGUGGAUCCACUGUCUGGGUUUCUGUACUGGUCUGACUGGGGCGAGCCGGCCAAGAUUGAGAAAUCCGGUAUGAAUGGAGUGGACAGGCAGGUUCUGGUGGCGACGGACAUUCAGUGGCCUAAUGGAAUCACCCUGGAUCUGAUCAAAGGCAGGUUGUACUGGGUCGACUCUAAACUGCACAUGCUCUGUAGCGUCGACCUGAACGGAGACAACAGGAAGAAAGUACUCCAGUCUCAAGACUACCUGGCUCAUCCUUUCGCUCUCACUGUUUUUGAGGAUCGAGUCUUCUGGACAGAUGGUGAAAAUGAAGCUAUCUACGGAGCAAACAAGUUCACCGGCUCUGACGUGGUGACGCUGGCCAGUAACCUGAAUGACCCCCAGGACAUCAUAGUUUACCAUGAGCUAAUCCAGUUGUCAGGAACUAACUGGUGCACAGAGAAAGGUGAAAAUGGAGGCUGUAGCUACAUGUGUCUGCCUGCACCGCAAAUCAACAAACACUCCCCCAAAUACACAUGUGUGUGUCCAGAGGGACAGGAGCUGGCUGCUGAUGGCUUACGCUGCAGACCCGACACUUCUACCAAAGGUCCCUCAAAGGAUGAUGGGAAAGCUCUAAUACAGCCACCCCCAGAAGCCAACGUGAGCACGUCCAUCCAGGUGGACUCCACAGCCAGAGGGUCUGCUGCUGCCUGGGCCAUACUGCCUGUCUUGCUGCUGGCGAUGGCUGCAGCGGGCGGCUACCUGAUGUGGAGAAACUGGCAGCUGAAAAACCAGAAGAGCAUGAACUUUGACAACCCGGUCUACCUGAAGACCACAGAAGAAGACCUCAACAUCGACAUCACCCGGCACAGCGCCAACGUAGGACACACCUACCCAGCGAUUUCGAUAGUGAGCACAGAUGACGAUUUAUGAUGAUCGUCCUGGUUAUUCUGCUUUUACGGCAACCCGUAGCAUUACGAGGCGCCUCCUCGUUCCCAUGCCGACGGUAGUCCGUAGCAGCAGCAGCCCUUAACCGUACGACCACAUGCCUCCUGAAGUGCAUUAUGUCAUUAUCUGUGGAGAGGAUGACCGAAAGAAAUGUUAUUUAUUAUGUGAAUACUACAAUGAAAUAAGUGUCAAGUGUCACUCCAAAAUGAAGUGUUAAAGAUUUGUUUUGUCGUUUUGGUCCUCAUUAUUUUCAAGAAUCGGACACCUUGUUCUGUUUUUUUUGCUCCGUCCUCUUAAAAGGAGUCCGAUGCCAUCUUUUUCUCACAGCUGCAGGUGAGACAAACACCUCGUAGGGGGCUUUCUGUGUUCACACUGAACUGGAGAACUAACAAGAGGAUACUCUUCUUCUCUAACCAAACAACUCUGCUGGACAGGAUUUAAAACUGGAUCUCAGCUGUCGGUACCUGACUUGACACGUGUUAAAGACCACAAGACUCCUUUUUGACCAUAUUCAGAGUGGAGAGCAGUAAAGUCAUUUAAGAGUGACGGAAACUUGGUCCCAAGUUUAUUCCUUACCCGUUCUGAUCCAACAGGCUCAGAUGUGUGUAUUUAUUUACCAUCAUGUUUUGGCAGUAAUAUCUAAGAUGCAAGUUUUCUUCAUUUUUAUUAUAUUUUAUUUCAGUGUUAAUUAUUAUUGUUGUUGUUUAUUAUAAAAGCUGUGUAAGGAUCACCAUGGUUACAGCAUUUGUAAAACAAUUGUAUAGAUUUACCCAUCAUCCCUCAAAGACAUAACAGUCAAUCAGGACUCUCCUCAAUGCACUUUGACAAAUGUUCCUUGUGUAAAUAAGAUUGUAUACAUUUGACUUGAAUUCAAUUUUUUGCUAUGGUUGGAUAUCGUACCGGGGUUGGAGCUCAGAUGUAUUUAACAAGAAAGAAAGUUGAAAAAGUUUCCAAAAAAAAAACAACUGAAUUUGGUAAAACUAUUUUGUAUGUUUGUGUGCUGUCGCCGUGAACUU